AUGAGCGGGAGCGCUGCCCCCGGGCCCGGCUCGGCCCCCUGCCGCUUCGCUCACUACUUCGUGGUGUGCGGGACCGACGCGGACAGCGGGCUGGAGCCCGACGAACUGGCCGUCUUAUACCAGUGGCUAGAAGCAGAUCACCAUGGCAAGAGCUCAGAUACUACAAACAGAACCUCAGGAGAAAACUUUGACCAGAGCCCCUUAAGAAGAACUUUCAAGUCCAAAGUUCUGGCACACUAUCCUCAGAAUAUAGAGUGGAACCCCUUUGAUCAAGAUGCAGUGAACAUGCUGUGUAUGCCUAAAGGGCUAUCUUUCAGGACCCAGAUUGACAACAGAGACCUGCAGUUCCACUCAUUUAUAAUCACCAGGGAAGAUGGUUCUCGUACUUAUGGAUUUGUGCUCACUUUCUACGAGGAGGUCACAAGCAAGCAAAUUUGUACAGCCAUGCAGACGCUUUACCAAAUGCACAAUGCAGAGCAAUACAGCAGUGUCUAUGCCUCCUCUUCUUGCAGCAUGGACUCCCUGGCAAGCAGCAUUGAUGAAGGAGAUGCCACUUCCCUGGCCAAGAUCCAGCAGUACAACUCGUAUGACAUCAGCAGAGACACAUUAUAUGUAUCCAAAUGUAUAUGUCUCAUCACUCCUUUGCCCUUCAUGCAGGCCUGCAAGAAGUUCCUUAUCCAGCUUUAUAAGGCAGUUACCUCUCAGCAACCCCCACCUUUACCACUGGAGAGCUAUAUCCAUAACAUUCUUUACGAAGUGCCCCUUCCACCCCUAGGGAGGUCGCUGAAGUUCUAUGGGGUUUAUGAGCCUAUUGUUUGCCAGAGACCUGGACCCAGUGAACUUCCACUGUCUGACUACCCUCUUCGAGAAGCCUUUGAGCUGCUGGGAUUGGAAAACCUUGUCCAAGUUUUUACUUGUGUUCUCCUGGAGAUGCAGAUUCUUCUGUAUUCACAAGAUUAUCAGCGUCUGAUGACAGUAGCAGAGGGGAUCACCACACUGCUGUUCCCAUUUCAGUGGCAACAUGUAUAUGUUCCCAUCCUUCCUGCCUCUCUCCUGCAUUUUCUUGAUGCUCCUGUCCCUUACCUGAUGGGUCUUCAGUCUAAAGAGGGAACUGACCGUUCCAAGCUAGAACUUCCUCAAGAGGCUAACUUGUGCUUUGUGGAUAUUGAUAAUCAUUUCAUAGAGCUGCCAGAGGAACUUCCCCAGUUCCCAAACAAGCUGGAGUUUAUUCAGGAAAUCUCUGAGGUUCUCCUUCAGUUUGGAAUCCCUCCGGAGGGUAACCUGCACUGCAGUGAGAGUGCCACCAAACUCAAGAAUCUUGUCCUUAAUGACUUGGUCAAUGACAAGAAGAAUGGAAAUAUACCCAGUAACACCAUCAACAUGUAUGAGUUGCUAAAAGGCAAUGAAACCAUCGCCCGCUUGCAGGCUCUAGCAAAGAGGACGGGAGUGACGGUAGAAAAAAUGACCAUCACAGCUCCUGUGGCAGAGAAGGAAAGGGACGUAAAACUGCAGUGCGAAGAAGAGGAGCUGAGGGACUAUAAACUAAAUGUGCAGCUUCGUGAGGUCUUUGCCAACCGCUUCACUCAGAUGUUCGCCGAUUAUGAGUCCUUCGUCAUUCAAGCCGCACAGGAUAUGGAGUCAUGGCUGACAAACAGAGAACAGAUGCAAAACUUUGACAAAGCUUCUUUUCUGUCGGACCAGCCUGAGCCUUACCUGCCAUUCCUCUCACACUUCAUUGAAACCCAGAUGUUUGCAACCUUCAUAGAUAAUAAGAUUAUGUCCCAGUGGGAAGAGAAGGAUGCUUUUCUGCGGGUGUUUGACUCCAGAAUUGAGAAAAUUAGGCUGUAUAACGUAAGGGCUCCUGCACUGCGGACAUCUAUAUACCAGAAAUGCAGCACUUUAAAAGAAGCAGCCCAAUCCAUUGAACAGCGGCUAAUGAAGAUUGAUCACACUGCCAUCUACCCACACUUACUUGAUAUGAAGAUCGGUCAAGGCAAAUACGAACAAGGGUUCUUCCCAAAGUUGCAAUCAGAUGUGCUGGCGACAGGACCUACCAAUAACAAUCGGUGGGCCAGUCGAAGUGCCACAACACAGCGCAGGAAAGAUCGCCUUAGACAACAUUCAGAACAUAUUGGACUGGACAAUGAUUUAAGAGAGAAAUACAUGCAGGAGGCAAGAAGUUUGGGGAAAAAUUUAAGGCAGCCCAAACUGUCAGACCUUUCUCCAGCUGUAAUUGCUCAGACAAACUGGAAAUUUGUGGAAGGGUUACUGAAAGAAUGUCGCAUGAAGACUAAACGUAUGUUGGUGGAGAAGAUGGGCCAUGAAGCAGUAGAGCUGGGACAUGGAGAGGCCAACAUAACAGGUCUGGAGGAAAAUACAUUGAUUGCUAGUCUUUGUGACCUGUUGGAAAGGAUCUGGAGCCAUGGUCUACAAGUCAAACAGGGGAAAUCUGCUUUGUGGUCCCAUUUGCUUCAGUACCAGGAAAGGGAAGAGAAGCAAGAACAUAUGGCAGAGUCCCCGGUUGUCCUGGGCCUGGAAAGAAGGAAGUCUGACACAGGAAUUACAUUACCUACACUGAGAGUCUCACUUACUCAUGAUAUGAGGCAUAUUCAGAACAUGAGUGAGAUAAAGACUGACGUGGGUCGAGCUCGAGCGUGGAUAAGGUUGUCUCUUGAAAAGAAGCUUUUGUCUCAGCACCUAAAGCAGCUUCUCUCUAACCAAGCACUCGCUAAGAAACUUUAUAAGCGUUAUGCUUUCCUACGUUGUGAAGAAGAACGAGAGCAGUUCCUUUAUCACCUUCUUUCACUCAAUGCUGUGGAUUACUUCUGCUUCACCAGUGUCUUCACCACAAUCAUGAUUCCAUACAGGACAGUGAUAAUCCCUAUCAAAAAACUAAGCAAUGCAAUUACCACAUCAAACCCAUGGAUUUGUGUUUCAGGAGAACUAGGAGAUACAGGAGUAAUGCAGAUUCCUAAAAAUCUUCUAGAAAUGACAUUUGAGUGCCAGAAUUUAGGAAAGCUAACAACCGUUCAGAUUGGUCACGACAACUCAGGAUUAUUAGCCAAGUGGCUGGUAGAUUGCGUCAUGGUGAGAAGUGAAAUCACAGGACACACAUACAAGUUCCCAUGUGGACGAUGGCUGGGGAAGGGAGUUGAUGAUGGCAGUCUGGAGAGAAUUCUUAUUGGAGAACUGAUAACUUCAGUGUCAGAUGAAGAUCUUGGGAAGCAGUGCCGUACCCCCCCUCAACAGAAAUCCCCAACCACAGCUCGCAGACUGAGUAUCACCUCCCUUACAGGAAAAAAUACAAAACCUAAUGCAGGGCAGAUACAAGAAGGAAUUGGGGAAGCUGUGAACAAUAUUGUGAAACAUUUUCACAAGCCAGAGAAAGAGAGAGGCAGUCUUACCAUUCUGCUAUGUGGUGAAAAUGGCCUGGUUGCAGCACUGGAGCAGGUCUUCCACCAUGGAUUCAAAUCAGCUCGGAUUUUCCACAAGAACGUAUUCAUCUGGGAUUUCAUAGAGAAAGCUGUUGCUUACUUUGAAACCACUGACCAGUUUGGGGACAACGAAGAGGACGUCUUGCUUCAGAGAUCAUCCUGCAAAACAUUCUGUCGCUAUGUAAAUGCGAUCAGCACUGCACCAAGGAACAUCGGGAAAGACGGCAAAUUCCAAAUCCUGGUUUGCCUGGGGACUAGGGAUCACUUCCUUCCUCAAUGGAUUCCAUUGCUGGCAGAGUGUCCGGCCAUCACAAGGAUGUAUGAGGAGAAUGCCCUUCUGCGGGACCGCAUGACAGUGAAUUCCCUCCUCAGAGUCCUACAGACCUUACAAGAUUUCAACAUUAUCCUCGAAGGGUCACUCAUUAAAGGAGUGGAUGUUUAGCAUGGCUUUGAUGAGAACUUCAUGAUUUCUCUGCUAAGCAAGCAAACAAAAAUUGGGGACUUGUUAGAAUUUGAAUGCUGCGGUAGUGCGUCACUGGAAAGCGGAGCACCCUGUUAUCAGGUGGGAGUGGGAAGCCUAGUUCACACCAGAUUCAGGACUGUUCUUAAGGCUGCAGACAAGCUAAAAUGCGGUAUUGUAGUUUAUUUGAAACAGAAUAAAGUAGAGUAUUUUCCUGUGUUAGAUGUAUGUAAAUAUGCUAUCUUCUUUAAGAAAUUAUAUUACUCUUAAACUUUUCUUAGACAAUGUUCUCGUGCUGAAAAUAAGGAGCUUAAAACCCUGGGACAGCUGUGGGGGUUGGGCGGAGAGAUGUUGCGGCUUGAUAGCAAGGAAGAAGCCAAUCAAUGUGUAAAUACAAUGCAAACUCAGCAGGGCUUUUUUCAGGUGUUGCGAAAACACGGGAAGUAUCAAUAUGUAGCCACUGCUAUCAUCUCAUUCUUGGAAAUGUUGUGAAUGUGUACUGUUUACCCUACUGUACGCUGGUUCCCUUGUUUUAUGUUUUAAAGAUCCAAGCCCCUCCAUGUAUAUAAGCUGUGAGUUGUCAUAUUUAAGAUCUUUUGUGUAAUUUUUAUCAAUCAGCACAAGGUGAGGUGCAAAUGAAAUGUUUAAACACUGGGCAGGAGGAAUUGUUGAACCUCCAAGAAAACCCUCCAGGACCUGAUAUGUUUUUAAAAAAUCCAGUACAGCACCAGGCUAUAUUUGGGAAAUAUCAGUAACUUGAUUUGUCAUUUUGUCCCUCUUCUGUCUGGGUUUUGUUCAGAUGCUUUUUCCCCCCUGUCUGCGUUUGUACUGUGGAUGAUGACGUAUGCUUCAAGAAGAGGUUGUCUGCUUCUAUAGGUUUGUUGAAUGACUUGGUUCAGAAGAUGAACCAAGCUCUGUUUCUGUUGUGUGGCUAUAGAAUCACAAACACUGACUUUGCUGUGCUACAGGACUGUUUCAACCAGUUGUAAAAUACUGGCAAGUUACUAGUCUUCCUUUAUCCUGGGGAGUAAGUGUUCCUGGGAGGCACGGGGUCGCUUUGGUUUUGAAUAAUUCAGCUAUAGAAAAGAAGUGAGGCAAGGGGAAUUGGUGUCAAGGCUUCUGUCUCAUACUGUUUCAAACUAAUAAUGUGUUAAAGAAACACAAAUGUCACAGGCACAGAACUCGGAGAAACUGGGAGCUGCUAAAGUUCCACAUGUUAAAAUAAAAACUAAAUCAAUUGGGGGAUAGCAUGCAGCAAAUAUCUGGGAUGUCAUUCAGUUUUCCUUCCACUGAGAUUUGAUUUAUGCAAAGCUGGGGGCAUGUUAACUCAGCCAUUAGCCGCCUUUGGAGAUGGGUUUAAAAUCCUUUUGUUUCACUGGAUUAAUCAAUUCGAUCACAAUUUAUUCUUCAGUAGUUGCCUGGGGACAUCACACAGCUUGGUGUAUAUAUAGCAAUAUUUGUUUUGGAGAGGCCCUUACUAAAAUAACAGAUUACAUUGUAGGUCAGUACUGCAGUGCAUUACAAAAGAUUUUGGCUGAAUGUUGAACAUUGCUUUUCGUUAUGUCUGGGAAGCUAGUGUCCCCCAAAUAAAUAUAAUGGAGAGGAACAAGAUCCAGAGAAAGGGCUUAGAAAUCAUGUCUGUCUUUCCUGCUUGCACGUUGCCACCUUCAGAACAGUAUUAGAAAACUGGCGUUUUAGUCACUGCUAGCCUAUAGACAAAGUUUAGUAUCUCCAGUGAGCUAUGGUGAGGUAGGAUGAGGGUAGUGCUCCUUCAAAAAGUAUUUGAAAAAGAUUAAGAGUAAGGGCAGGCUGAGGGAGAUGAAGGCAAAAUGAAAAUUG